AUGCGACGCUUCGGUGGCUGCAAACCUCUUUACAUAGCAACUCUACUCUAUUCAGCUCAGGCGGCCCAAAUAGGCCAAAUUAAGGCCAUCGAACCUACAUCAGCUGGUCAAAUUGGGGUUAAUAUUGUCGAUCUACCACCUGCCUCCGUCUUCGUGGGCUCCAUUGGAGUCAAUACCCAAUAUCUCACUGGAGAUGGACUGAAAGACUUGAAGUGGAUAGGGCCUGACCCAAGCUACAUUACCAAAACAGCAUUGGUAACAGUCACUGCAACUGGCUCACCACCGGCAACGAUAACCUCCGAUGUCUCUAUCUCAGUGCAAGAACUUGCCAGUGGAGACCUUGAAGUCCUCACCGGCCCAGCUCUCCGUCAGGGGCUACAAGAUAUCGCAUCCAAGGUGACACCUUGUGGCGCAAAACUGAGACCGCGCCUCGAUUUCUGCGGCUUCAACAACUUUAUGGAUGAAGCCACGAGAUUUGGCCCAAUCCAAGGAGCGGAUGCAGCAAUAGGACCAGGCCGCCUGUUGAUUCCAGCGGCUGACAUUGCUGCUCUUGUAGCGAACUUCCAGGCUGCAGCUGCGGGAGCGACUGUGGUCGUGCUCCCCGCUGCUACGGUAGGACUUCUGUAUCUCAUCUGGGAACAAAUUCAAUCCGGAAAUCAGGUUGCUCCUGUUAUUAAAGUCCCAGAGAGCAUCAAAGGAACUCCGACUCCGACUCUAACUCCAACAUCACAAACAUCAUCAACUUCUACAAGCCAAUGCGCCCAGCCUACAACAGCUACUCCGGCUAUCUGUAAACAUGAAAAAUGCCUUGGCGAGGCACAGGAAUUAUGCACUGUUGGAGACGACAAAGGGUGUCGAUGCCUUCAAACAGCCGUGGAAUAUGGCGAGCCAAGGCCUGUACUAGUAUGGCAGAUCCACAGGGAGCAGCAGUUUGUGAUGCCGGAGACCGCGCUGUUAGCUGUCUUCUGUAAAGACAAUGAUCUGAAGACUGACAAAACAUCUACGUUGAAAGCUGCCGAUGCUGGCCUUUCAGCCUAUGACGGAUUAACUUUCUCUUUCGAUUGGGCCAGCAAUAGUCCAGCUUGUACUCAGCCCUGCACAGAUAUAUUUGCAGCUUUUACCCAAGCAAUGGGUUGUGCUUCUACUUCUCAUUCAAUGUCGAAACGAGGCACUAUCAGCGAAAAUUGUGGAGAUGCGGCCUUUAAGAUAUUCAGCCCCUCACCUCCAGCAGAGCCGAGUCCAACAACACUUGCUCCUCCUCCGACACAACCGCCAAGUCCCGCUCUAGGGGUACCCCAGUGCUCCCCACUCGAUGGUUUUAAACAAUCGGACGCCAGCGCAAAGGCAAAGGUUUUCUGCGAUGCGGCCAUAACCAGAGGGCUGCGCUGGAAGCAGGAUGAUGGUGAACCUUCUCCUGUCAACGAACUUAAUGGUUUCUGGGGCUAUAAAUUCUUCGAUGUCAGGGUGUCAUCUGGUAAUAUGGAUAAUGUAUUAUAUCUCUCUGUCGAACUGGACCAGAAAGGAUGUCCAGCAGGGGCCAAUUUUGAGGUCGACUUCAAAACGCUAGGGACCAAGAAAUGUAGGGACAACUUCAUGAUUGGGGUUGAUGGCUGUGGCCCAUUUUUGAAAUUUGGCGGCUGGAGUUAUAAUGACUGCGUUAAAUGGACUGUUUCUUCGGCAGUAGGAUUUCCGAUUGCAGGGUUAAAUAUUAGGGGUCUAGAUGUUAAAUAG